AACGGGUCUGCCUGGUUCCGUUUUCACGACUACCUUGCCUGAUGGAAGUGUCGUCACAUCAACUGUAACGGGUCUGCCUGGUUCCGUUUUCACGACUACCUUGCCUGAUGGAAGUGUCGUCACAUCAACUGUAACGGGUCUGCCUGGUUCCGUUUACACGACUACCUUGACUGAUGGAAUUGUCGUCACAUACACUGCCGGUAGCACGGAAACAGUCACCACCUUUAUUACUACCACGAUCACAUACACAACACUCUGCUCUGGAUUCCCUCAUACCCUCACGGUUUCAGAGUACUGCACCACAAUCGAGUUUGCUCAUUGCCCCAUCUGCGAAAAUAAACCACCAGUUGUGGAAAUGACUACAAUCGUGAAUGACUGCCACGCCUGUGGCCAGCAUGGCGAAGACACGAUUACGCUUACAGUGCCUAUGGAUUGCCUUGCGAGUGAAACAGCUGGAAGCCAGCCAGAUAUUGGUGCUUCAAUGGGACCGCAGCCAGCUGAGCCAACCAUGGUCGGAGAGAACGGCGCCGCUGCAACACAGUACAUCCCGCAAGGGAACCAAGCCAAGCCAACCUGGGGCGCAGAUGAUGGUCUUAAGACAAUGGUCAUUCCAGGGCCUGGUUCUCAGCCCGGAGGUGGUCAUUCAGCUGCAGGAACAGGGGAAUCAGACAACUCCGGUAACUCAGGUCAGCCGGGCAACUCAGGCUAUCCCGGCGACGGGAGCCAUGCAGGCGACUCAGGCGACUCAGGCGACUCAAGCAACUCGGGCGACUCGGGCAACUCGGGUAAGCCAGGUGAUUCUGCAGGCACUGGAGGUUCCGGUGACUCCGGCAACUCUGAGAAUUCUGGAGGGCCUGGAGGGUUUGGAGGUUCUAGCACCCCUGGAGGGUCCGGAAACUCUGGUAACCCUGGAGGAUCUGGAGGGUCCGGAAACUCCGAUAACUCGGGCGGCUCAGGAAACUCAGGCGACUCGAGCAACUCCAGCAACUCCGGCAGUUCAGGCAACUCGGGUGAGCCAAAUGGCUCGGGCAACUCGGGCGGCUCAGGCAAUUCGGGCGGCUCAGGCAACUCGGGCGAGCCAAAUGGCUCUGGAGGCUCUGGAGGCUCUGGAAACUCCGGUAACUCUGGCAACUCUGGCAGCCCGGGAAGCCCUGGUGAAUCUGGAGGAUCAGAUGUCAACUCCAAUGUUCAUGGAUCGACGGGCUCUGAAGCCACGGACACCCCUCUGGUUGUAACAGCAGGUGGAAGCCGCAAAGCCUCGGAGAACACGUACCUUCUCGGGUUGGGCAUUGCGGUUGUAUUGAGAGCAGUGUGGUAAGAGCUCAAUUCGAGGUAUGGUGGCUAGUUUGAAAGGAACAUUUACGCAUUCAAUUAGAAGCUGUGACCGCGCUGUGUCACACGUAUCAUUAGAUUAGAAAGAUUUUAUUACACUCAUUUUCUAUGUUGAAAAA